AUGACAUCCAAAUCCAAAGAAAAAUUGUACACGACAUCAUCUUCGGGCCUACCAAAAUGGCGACAAUCUCCGAUUGAUAUUAGCCGCAUCACUGUAUGGACCAAAAAAUUUCCACCAUUGCUUUUGACUAAUUAUUGUUCAAAUCUUGGCACAGCAAUACUUGCUAACACUGGCCAAACAGUUAAUCUUGAACUGGCGAACAGAAAAAUGCCGAUAAUGCGCGGUGGUCCUUUAAAAGACGAUGAAUUUCAGUUCAUGAACAUACAGUUUCACUGGGGUCCGUCCAACUGUCGGGGCGCGGAACAUUCUAUUGAUAAUAUUUGGUAUUCAAUGGAAGCGCAAGUUAUGCAUUGGAAUACACGUUAUGGAUUGAUAGAAAAAUGCUACAAUAAACCUGACGGGAUUGCAAUACUCUCUUAUCUCAUGCAGGUUGUUGGUUGUUCUGGGCUUCCGGACAAUCCUGCACUUGCUCCAAUUACUGAUAAACUCGCAGAAAUAAAACAAGCAAAUAGCACCGUCAAUAUUGCACCUGGAGCUAUAGGUUUGCGAAAAACUGGUCAAGCACCGAUUGAUUUAAUUGACAAAAUUGUACGACCUAAGAGAUUUCCACCAUUAAUUUUAAAUGGCCACUGGUUAAAUGAUGGGAAUGCAACCUUAUUUAAUAAUGGCAAAACAGUGAAGAUUUUUUUGAAUGGUGAUAGAAUCCCAUCAACGGUGUUUGGUGGUCCUCUCGUAAAUGAUGAGUAUGAAUUUUACGAUGCACACUUUCAUUGGGGUGAAAAUGAUUGUAGAGGAGCUGAACACAUGAUCAAUGGUACUUGGUUUUCCAUGGAAUGCCACAUAGUACAUUGGAAUCGGAAAUAUCUCACUUUUGAGGAAUGUUUAAGACACCGAGAUGGUAUUUGCGUGUUGGCCUAUUUAUUUUUGGUCAAAUCAGGCUCUUGUCAAUGGAAUAACAAUAAGUUUUAUAGAAUCUCUGAAAAUUUGCAAUACGUUCAAAAUGCUGGAUCAGAAAUAAAAAUUCCAUCAAACUCUUUAUCUUGGAUGAGAAUAGCAACAGAUUGUCCAAAUUAUUAUACUUAUCAGGGAUCCUAUAAUGUAAAAUCUAAUUGGGAAUGUGUUACAUGGAUCGUAUUUCCAGUUAUUAUUCCUAUACAAUCAUGCCAACUUAAUGAAUUUCGAAAAUUGAGGAAUAAGAAAGGUGAAUUUAUAAAAUCAAAUUGGAGAGAAGUUCAACUUUUACGAGGCCGGCGAAUAUUUUUGGCUAUCUCUUAA